AUGGCGCAAAGAAACGAAAGGAGAAUUCACUGCGAUUCCUCAUCAGCAGCAGAAACGGUGGCCAAUAUCGAAGAGCUUCUGUCUCAGAUACUUGUAUUGAUUCCAGCCUUAUCUCUGAUCCGUUUCAAGUGCGUCUCCAGGCACUGGCUCACUCUCAUCUCCGACCCCGAAUUCUUUCGCCGCCACUUACAUCAAAAGUCGAAGAUCUCCGGCUUCUUUUCUAGCCAAACCGAAGACGAGUCCUUCAAGUCCAUUGCUCUUAGUGACCGCGAAAUCCCAUCUGGGAAUCCCUUCAAAGCUAUAAACGAUUCCUUCGGUGAUGGCUCCAGGUUGAAGAUUAUUCAAUCCUGCAACGGCCUGUUCCUUUGCCUUCGCUACUCUAGGGAUAUUUCUCUUUUGCGUCAAGCAUAUGGUGUCAAAGAUCAUCCCGCAUAUGUUGUGAAUCCCACAACCAACAAAUUCUUGGCUCUUUAUUCUCCAACCGUUAUGAAAAAUAAAAAAUAUGAUAGGUAUUCGGUACGUUAUGCUCUGGCUUUUGACCCUUCCAUAUCACCUUUUUACAAGGUGGUCUGCGUCACUAACUACUCGUUUUGGGGGCAGUCCCACCACCUAGACAUAUAUUCCUCUGAGACUGAAGAGUGGAAGGAGCUUCUCAUGGUUCCUUUAUUCCCCAGCUAUCCCAUGCACUUUGACCACAGGAGCACGGAAGGGGCAGUAUACUGUAAUGGCAAGAUUCAUUGGAUAAGACGCAUAACCGACAGAUAUGGCUAUGACUCAUGGUGCCACUUCCGCGAUGGUAGAUUCAUAAGAGAUGAAGGUGACGUGUUACACUACUUUGACAUAGAUGAACAAAGUUUGCAACUCGUCGCUGCUGCUACUCCUGUUCCUGUGGCUGUAAGAGCUGAUAGAUAUUUUGGCGAGUCUGGCGGCCAUUUGUAUUUGAUUGAGUUUUACAAGCAUUACGACCCCCAAUUUGACAUCAUGGAGAUGGAGAGGGACUACUCUUGCUGGUUUAUCAAGCAUCACGUUGAUCUUAAUCUGGUAUUCGCAGCUCUUCCUAACACAAUUUCUUUUGUUGUCUUGUGCCUCUCUCCAGAGGAGGAAAAGGAUGCGGAGGAGGAGGAUUCUUCAUGUAACCUUUGGUUGCAUAUGCCUGGCAAAGUCAUGUCUUAUAAUCUAAGGAAUAAGACCUUCAAAACAUCAGCGGCGCUGGCCGAUAAGGAACUUUUUCUAGCUUUGGAUAAUGAUCGAUGCUCUCACAUGGAGGCUGCUAACUAUCCUUACAUGGAGACUUUAGCUUGUGUGUGA